AAUGAAACACAUAAUAGGAUAAUGAAGAUCGUAUCUCCUAUUGUAUCCUUCUAUUAAUCUAUAUUCUAUUAUAUGCAUUUCUGGUUAUUUCACACAAUCAAUUGAUAUCCCUUUGUAUAUAUAUAAACAUAUACACUUUUGUUCUUAUCAUUAUAUGAAGUAGUUUUUGGUUUUGAUAUCAUAGAAGACAAGCACUAUGUCUGUGAUCAAAACAAACUUUUGUUAUACGUCCUUUUUCACGCUCACAGUUUUUACAAUAAUCUUCAAUUCUACGAUUGUGUCACCCAUCGCAUGUCAAGAUACUAGAUGUUCCAUACAUCUCAAAGAUAAUAAAGAUGUUAAGCCUUUUGAGGAAAUUGGACAAGGGAUGGUGUCUGAAAGCAAAUCAGAGGGGAAUGAGGUUUCGUCAAUGAGGUUUUUUAGAUUGAUUGGAUCACACCCUCCGAAUUGCAAAGGCAAAUGUGGUACAUGUACUCCAUGUACACUUACCCGCGAGCAAUUACCUCCAUCAGAUGUCACAGAUCCCGCUCCAGAGAGAUGGAUGUGCAAAUGUGGAAACAAGUUAUAUGAUCCAUAUGGAAAAAUAUAAUAUCUAGUAAUCUCUAUGUUUAAUGUAUUUCAUGUCAUCUUAAAAUAAAUAGUGGAAUAUAUGUUACGUUCAAAUAAUAUUAAAUAUUUUAUCGCAGA